CAUGCUUAUAAUUGUAUUACACGUAAAAUUUUUCUGAAAGGAAUGUGCAUGUAUAGAGCUAGGAUGAAUCUGCCACUACUAUUUUGUGUUCUACUGUUGAGUGUAAACAGAGGACAGUGCAACCACUUAAACAAUACUUGCGGUGGAGGUCCUGAUAUUGGUAACAUUAGACUGGUGAAACCAAGACACACCUUAAAUGAUGGUGCUGUACAAAUCUGUAAUCAGUUCAUGUAUAGGAACUACCAACAACUUGCUUGGUGUUACUUGAACAGUACAGAGAGUUGGAACAUGGCUGCUGCUAGAGUAGCAUGCAGGCAACUGGGACUACCACACUCAGCUCCCACAGUAACUAUGAUUACACUACAGCCAUUGGUACAGGAGAAUGUAGUUAUUGGACCAGUGACUUGUAAUGGGACAGAAGAUCAACUACGCGAUUGCUUGAGGGGCCAGUAUAAUAUCAGCCUUACAUAUUCAGCAAUGGUUGCUGGAUUGAGUUGCAGCACAAACAGCAGCACAGAAAACGGCAGCACAGAAAACAGCAGCACAAAAAACGACAGCACGGAAAACAGCAGCACAGAAAACAGCAGCACGGAAAACAGUAUCAGCACCGGUGUUUUGGGAGCCAUCACUGGGAUCCUGGUGGUUGCUCUGGUAGCCGUGGUUACAGCAUGGAUAAUUAGUUGUGUAUACACAAAAAGGACACGCAGCCACGCCCCCAAACCAUCGACUAACUCGGCUGCCCCAAUAUUAACCAACCCAGUAUAUGGUGUGGGCCCAGGGACUCAAGAGGUGACCAACAACACCUCUGUUGGUCACACAUAUGAGCAAAUUGAUGACGCUGGGAAUAGAUAUGAUAUCAUCAGAAACAGAACUGAUCCUGUAACAAAUGGAGAACAUACGUACAAUGUACUACACCACCCUGGGAGGUCAGGUGAUAGUCACAUGACUGAGGCAAACACCACCACCCCCCAGGAUUAUGAGGUUCCAACAUAAAACAAUGAGGAACAGUUGAAACAAGUGCUGAACACAAUUACUAUAUCAAUGAAAACAUCCAUGCAAAUAAUGUUAAAACAAUUUUGCAGUAUUGGUGAUACUUUCAAGUCUGUAUAGUUUCUACGUACACAAUAAUUAACUUAUAAUAAUUAUAGCUACAAUAUCACACAUAAUCAGAUUACACAGAAACUCUUGCUGGGAUUAAGGUACGAGUAUAGGUAUGAAUCUGCUGCUAGUACUCUGUGUUCUACUACUGAGUAUAGACAAGGGACACUCCAAUAGCUGCUGUGGAGGUGGUGAUGUUGGGAAUAUUAGACUGGCAGAACCUACAAAUGAUGGCGCAGUACAAACUUGCAAUCGGUUCAUGUGGCAUGACAUUUCUUGGAAUUUUGUUUUGAAUACUGCUGAUACAUGGAACAUCACUGCAUGCUGCUAAAGUAGCAUGCAAACAGUUGGGACUACCACACAUUCAGGGACUCCUCAAGUGACCAACAACACCUCUGUUGGUCCCACAUAAUUAUGAGCAAAUUGAUGAAGCUGGGAAUAGAUAUGAUGUCAUCAAAAACAGUACUGAUCCUGUAACAAAUGGAGAUCAUACGUCUCAUGUACUACACCACACUGGGAGGUCAGGUGAUAGUCACAUGACUACCACACCCCAGGAUUACGAGGUUCCUACGUCAAACAAUUGAAGCUGUUUAUAAUACACUUCAACACAAUUUAAAGAGCAAACUUUCCAUGCAGAUUGGUGAUACUUUCAAUACACUAUAAACUGUUAUUUUGACAUAACUAUAUAAACACACAUGUAUAAUCAUAAAGUUUCUAGGAUAGUACCAGGAGUACAUGAAUAUUCAUGUACUCCUGAUAGUACGUAUACAAUUAAAGCUAUAUGUAAGAUGAACCUGUCACUAGUACUCUGUGUUCUACUAUUGAGUAUAGACAAGGGACAGUGCAACCACUUAAACAAUAGCUGCGUUGGACAUCCUGAUAUUGGUAACAUUAGACUGGUGGAACCAAGGCAUACCUUAAAUGAUGGUACUGUACAAAUCUGUAACCUACCUGUUCAUGUAUAGGAACAAACUACAACUUGCUUGGUGUUACUUGAACAGUACAGAAAGUUGGAACACGACUGCUGCUAAAGUAGCAUGCAGGCAACUGGAACUACCACACUCAGCUCCCACAGUAACCACGAUUACACUACAGCCAUUGGUACAGGAGAAUGUAGUUAUUGGACCAGUUUCUUGUAAUGGGACAGAAGAUCAACUACGCGAUUGCUUGAGGGGCCGGUAUAAUAUCAGCAUUACAAGUUCAGCAAUGGUUGCUGGAUUGAAUUGCAUCAACGAGGUAACUGCUACUAAUGAGACAUUGCCAGUCAUGAGUACUAGUGGGGCAUCAGGAGCACUCAUUGGUCUAUUAGCAGCUGCUCUAGUGGUGGUUGUCACUGGAUGGAUUGUGUCGUGUGUUUACUUACAGAGGAAAAUAAACAAGCAAGGCAGUGACCACACCCACAGUACACCACCCUCUAUCAACAAUCCAGACCUUCAACACAAUCCAGCAUACACCCACACAACAGCUGUCUCUACAAGUGACCCCACCCUCCAACAUAAUCCAGUAUAUGAUUGGUCGACCACUGCCCCACACACCACGAACAUGGAACCAUCCUACGAGGUGGUCAGUGGUGGUGAGGGGGUGGGGCACAGCUAUGAUGUCAUCAGUCCAACAAGUGCUCGUAAUACAAGCAAUGAAAGAGGAUCACAUGACUAAGCUUCAGAGGAGGAUGUAUUGAACUAAGAGGACUAAAGAGGGGUGAUACAUUAUCAGUGAAUUACAAUAAUGUACUUAUGACCACUCUACAUAAUUGUAGAAACGAUUCUAUAUAGUAUUGCACUAGACUAGACCUGAAUUUAUUCCAUUAUACAAUUAAACGUAUUCUCUGGAAUGUAACUGACAACGAUUGGGAUCGCUAGAACAAUUAGAUCAUCAUAAUUAUGAUAGAUAAACGUAGCACUAAUUGAUAACUUUUGGUUUCGUUGUGACUAUAAGUGAGUUCUAUCUACAAAGAGAUAGCACUAGGUGAUCAGAUAUGAUGCUACUAUUUCAAAUCAGUGUGCUACUAUUGACACUACAGAGAGGGACAUCAACAGCUGCUUUAUAGAUAAUUGUCUCACUGAAGAUCACAAAAAAAUAAGAUUGACUGGUCUAAGAAGCAUACAAAAUGAAGGAGCUGUUCAACUGUGUCUUCGAUUUAGUGGGAACGAAUAUCUCUGGUUAUACAUACAGACUCAGCCUGGUUGGACAAAUAAUCUCAGAGCAGCAAACUUAGCAUGUAGAGAAGUGGGCUUGAAUUACACAGGUGUUAGAGCGAGCACAGUCUGGCUAAAGGAAGAUGCUGAGACAGUAACAACACAAAUUAAUUGUAACAGAGAGGCUGAGAAGUUUACAGACUGUCUAACUCGUCCGUUAAACAUAGACGACAGAAGUCGAGUGGCUCCAUGGACUAACUUUGCAACUGCAUAGAAGAAGUCCUAAGACUGGUGGAUGGCUCCAGCUACAAUGAAGGACAAGUGGAGGUGUGCUCCAAUGGUUGCUGGGGAACAGUGUGUGGUGAUGGAUGGACAGAGAGAGAAGCUGCUCUAGUGUGUAGUAGACUGGGGUAUCUGGAAAUCAAUGCAAUGCACCAGACGUUUGGCCAAGGCUCAGGCCCACACUAUAACUGUACAGCAGACGGUAACUUUGCAGACUGUACAAUACUUCCCACUCAACGUACUUGUAACCACACUGGUUUAUCAUAUCAAGAACUAGGCAGCGGCAGCACUAGUGCUUUGGGAGUCAUCACUGGGAUCCUGGUGGUUGCUCUAGUAGCCAUGGUUACAGCAUGGAUAAUUAGUUGCGUAUAAGUAAAAAGGUUUGUUUUAAUCUCAAUAAAUAUGGGCCCAGGGACUCAAGAGGUGACCAACAACAGCUCUGUUGGUCCCACCUAUGAGCAAAUUGAUGACGCUGGGAAUAGAUAUGAUGUCAUCAGAAACAGAACUGAUCCUGUGACAAAUGGAGAACAUACGUACAAUGUACUUACACCACACUGGGAGGUCAGGUGACAGACACGUGACUACCACACCACAGGAUUAUGAGGUCCCUAUAACAAUUGAAGCUGUUUAUAUAUAAACACUAUGCAGAUAGUGUUUAAAAAAGCAAUCUUGUCAGUAUAGAUUGGUGAUACUUUCAAAGUUUGCAUAUACGGGCAUAUACACCAUUACGCUAACUGUUAUUUUAACACAAUCAAAACUCUUAUUCUUUACUGGGAAGGAUAGUACGUACAAAGCUAUAAGAUGAAUCUGCCACUAGUACUCUGUGUUCUACUACUGAGUAUAGACAAGGGACAGUGUAACCACUUAAACAAUAUCUGCGGUGGAAGUAUUGAUAUUGGUAACAUUAGACUAGUGGAAACAAGACAUACCUUAAAUGAUGGUGCAGUACAAAUCUGUAACCAGUUCAUUUAUAGCAACGUGCCACGAAUUUCUUGGUGUUACUUAAACAGCACAGAGAGUUGGAACAUGACUGCUGCUAGAGUAGCAUGCAGGCAGCUGGGACUACCACACUCAGCUCCUACAGUAACCAUGCUUACACUACAGUCAUUUGAGAAUGUAGUUAUUGGACCAGUGACUUGUAAUGGGACAGAAGUUCUACUACGCGAUUGCUUGAGGGGCCAGUAUAAUAUCAGCAUUACAUAUUCAGCAAUGGUUGCUGGAUUGAACUUGCAUCAACGAGGUAACUGCUACUAAUGGGACAUUGCCAGUCAUGAGUACUAGUGGGACAUUAGGAGCACUCAUUGGUUUAUUGGCAGCUGCUCUAGUGAUGGUUGUCACUGGAUGGAUUGUGUCGUGUGUUUACUUACAGAGGAAAAUAAACAAGCAAGGCAGUGACCACACCCACAGUACACCACCUUCUAUCAACAAUCCCGACCUACAACACAAUCCAGCAUACACCCACACAACAGCUGCCUCUACGAGUGACCCCACCCUCCAACGCAAUCCAGUAUAUGAUUGGUCGACCACUGCCCCACACACCACGAACAUGGAACCAUCCUACGAGGUGGUCAGUGGUGGUGAGGGGGUGGGGCAUAGCUAUGAUGUCAUCUGUCCAAAAAGUGCUCGUAACACAAGCAAUGAAAGAGGAUCACAUGAUUAAGCUUCAGAAGAGGAUGUAUUGAACUAAGAGUAGGGGUGAUACAUUAUCAGUGAUUAAUUAUGGACAACUAUAAUAAUAAGUUUGCACUAGACUAGACCUGAAUUUUAUUCCAUUAAACAAUGAAACAUCUUUUCUGGAAUGUAACUGACAACGAUUGGGAUGGCUAGAACAAGUAGGUCAUCAUAAUUAUGAUAGAUAAACGUAGCACUAAUUGACAACUUUUGGUUUCGUUGUGACUAUAAGUGAGUUCUAUCUACAAAGACAUAGCACUAGGUGAUCAGACAUGAGGCUACUGUUUCAAAUCAGUGUGCUACUAUUGACACUACAGAGAGGGACAUCAACAGAUAGUUGUCUUCCUCAAGAUCACUGAAAAAUAAGAUUUACUGGUCCAAGAAGCAUAAAAAAUGAAGGAGCUGUUCAACUGUGUCUUCGAUUUAGUGGGAACGAAUAUCUCUGGUUAUACAUACAGACUCAGCCUGGUUGGACAAAUAAUCUCAGAGCAGCAAACUUAGCAUGUAGAGAAGUGGGCUUGAAUUACACAGGUGUUAGAGCAAGCACAGUCUGGCUAAAGGAAGAUGCUGAGACAGUAACAACACAAAUUAAUUGUAACAGAGAGGCUGAGAAGUUUACAGACUGUUUAACUCGUCCGUUAAACAUAGACGACAGAAGUCGAGUGGCUCCAUGGACUAACUUUGCAACUGCAUAGAAGAAGUCCUAAGACUGGUGGAUGGCUCCAGCUACAAUGAAGGACAAGUGGAGGUGUGCUCCAAUGGUCGCUGGGGAACAGUGUGUGGUGAUGGAUGGACAGAGAGAGAAGCUGCUCUAGUGUGUAGUAGACUGGGGUAUCUGGAAAUCAAUGCAAUGCACCAGACGUUUGGUCAAGGCUCAGGCCCACAUUAUAACUGUACAGCAGACGGUAACUUUGCAGACUGUACAAUACUUCCCACUCAACGUACUUGUAACCACACUGGUUUAUCAUAUCAAGAACUAGGCAGCGGCAGCACUAGUGCUUUGGGAGUCAUCACUGGGAUCCUGGUGGUUGCUCUAGUAGCCAUGGUUACAGCAUGGAUAAUUAGUUGCGUAUAAGCAAAAAGGUUUGUUUUAAUCUCAAUAAAUAUGGGCCCAGGGACUCAAGAGGUGACCAACAACAGCUCUGUUGGUCCCACCUAUGAGCAAAUUGAUGACGCUGGGAAUAGAUAUGAUGUCAUCAGAAACAGAACUGAUCCUGUGACAAAUGGAGAACAUACGUACAAUGUACUACACCACACUGGGAGGUCAGGUGACAGACACGUGACUACCACACCACAGGAUUAUGAGGUCCCUAUAACAAUUGAAGCUGUUUAUAUAAACACUAUGCAGAUAGUGUUUAAAAAAGCAAUCUUGUCAGUAUAGAUUGGUGAUACUUUCAAAGUUUGCAUAUACGGGCAUAUACACCAUUACAUUAACUGUUAUUUUAACACAAUCAAAACUCUUAUUCUUUACUGGGAAGGAUAGUACGUACAAAGCUAUAUAAGAUGAAUCUGCCACUAGUACUCUGUGUUCUACUACUGAGUAUAGACAAGGGACAGUGUAACCACUUAAACAAUAUCUGCGGUGGAGAUAUUGAUAUUGGUAACAUUAGACUAGUGGAACCAAGACACACCAUAAAUGAUGGUGCAGUACAAAUCUGUAACCAGUUCAUUUAUAGUAACGUGCCACGAAUUUCUUGGUGUUACUUGAACAGUACAGAGAGUUGGAACACGACUGCUGCUAGAGUAGCAUGCAGGCAACUGGGACUACCACACUCAGCUCCUACAGUAACCACGAUUACACUACAGCCAUUUGAAGUAGUAAUUAUUGGACCAGUUUCUUGUAAUGGGACAGAAGAUCAACUACGCGAUUGCUUGAGGGGCCGGUAUAAUAUCAGCAUUACAAGUUCAGCAAUGGUUGCUGGAUUGAAUUGCAUCAAUGAGGUAAUUGCUACUACCGGGACAUUGCCAGUCAUGAGUACUAGUGGGACAUUAGGAGCACUCAUUGGUCUAUUGGCAGCUGCUCUAGUGGUGGUUGUCACUGGAUGGAUUGUGUCGUGUGUUUACUUACGGAGGAAAAUUAACAGGCAAGGCAGUGACCACACCCACAGUACACCACCCUCUAUACAAUCCUGACCUUCAACAUAAUCCAGCAUACACCCACACAACAGCUGUCUCUACAAGUGACCCCACCCUCCAACGUAAUCCAGUAUACGAUUGGUCGACCACUGUCCCACACACCACGAACAUGGAACCAUCCUACGAGGUGGUCAGUGGUGGUGAGGGGGUGGGGCAUAGCUAUGAUGUCAUCAGUCCAACAGGUGCUCGUAAUACAAGCAAUGAAAGAGGAUCACAUGACUAAGCCACAUGACUAAGCUUCAGAGGAGGACAAUGUAUUGGACCACACUAAUAAGUGAUUAUGAAUAUGACACAAUUCAGAUACUCAUAUAUAAGCAACUAUAUUUCAUAUGUCUAUUUUACUUAUACUCAAGUCAGACUACAUAUAUAGGAAUGUUGGUUAAGUAUAAUUAUACAUUAACAUCAUAAUUAUGUGCACUGAAUAUGAAAAGUUUUAGCUUCAUUG